CUUCACUCCUCACUCUUCUUCUUCGAUGGCUUCUUUUCUCUCACCCUCCAUUCCUCUUCUCUUCUUCUUCAUCCUUUUCUCUUCUUCGUUCACUCCCUCUGCCACCGUCGUUCCGACAGCCAAGACGUUCAUAUUCCGCGUCGACGGCGGAUCCAAGCCGUCCAUUUUCCCCACCCACUUCCACUGGUACAGCUCAGAGUUCGCCGAAGGCCCUCGUAUCCUCCAUGUUUACGACACCGUCUUCCAUGGCUUCUCCGCCAUGGUUACGCCUGACGAGGCCCAGGUCCUCCGCAAUCACCCGGCGGUCCUCGCCGUCUUCGAGGAUCGCCGCCGUGAGCUUCACACGACGCGUUCCCCGCAGUUCCUAGGGCUACGGAACCAAAAGGGGCUUUGGUCGGAGUCUGAUUAUGGAUCUGAUGUCAUCAUUGGUGUCUUCGACACCGGAAUUUGGCCGGAGCGACGGAGCUUCUCGGAUCUCAACCUGGGUCCGGUCCCGAAGCGGUGGAGAGGCGUUUGCCAGAGCGGCAUCAGGUUCGCACCGAAGAACUGUAAUCGCAAGAUUGUCGGGGCGAGAUUCUUCGCCAAGGGACAGCAAGCCGCUGUGAUCGGCGGAAUCAACGAGACGGUGGAGUUUAUGUCCCCUCGCGACGCGGACGGACAUGGGACCCACACCGCCUCGACCGCCGCCGGUCGUCACUCUUUCAAGGCGAGCUUGUCCGGUUACGCCUCCGGUGUCGCGAAAGGCGUGGCUCCGAAGGCUCGCAUCGCCGCGUACAAGGUCUGUUGGAAGGAGUCAGGCUGUCUAGACUCCGACAUCCUCGCUGCCUUCGACGCCGCUGUCUCCGACGGUGUCGACGUCAUCUCUAUUUCCAUCGGCGGUGGAGAUGGGAUCUCCUCGCCGUAUUACCUCGACCCAAUCGCCAUCGGCUCUUACGCCGCAGCGUCGAGGGGAAUCUUCAUCUCCUCCUCCGCCGGGAACGACGGACCAAACGGGAUGUCGGUGACGAACCUCGAGCCGUGGGUCACCACUGUCGGCGCGGGAACGAUCGACCGGAACUUCCCCGCUGAUGUCAUACUCGGAGACGGACGCCGACUCAGUGGCGUGUCUCUCUACUCCGGCGAGCCUCUCAACGGCAAGAUGUUCCCGGUGGUGUACCCGGGGAAGACGGGGAUGCUGUCGGCUUCGCUUUGCAUGGAGAACUCGCUCGAACCGAGGCAUGUGAAGGGCAAAAUCGUUAUUUGUGACAGAGGGAGCAGUCCUCGUGUGGCGAAGGGUCUCGUGGUGAAGAAAGCCGGUGGAGUCGGGAUGAUCCUGGCCAAUGGCAUCUCCAAUGGCGAAGGCUUGGUCGGAGACGCUCAUCUUAUCCCCGCAUGCGCUGUCGGAUCGAGGGAAGGAGACAAGAUCAAAGCCUACGCUUUGAAGCAUCCGAAUCCUGUGGCGACAAUCGAUUUCAGAGGGACAGUGAUCGGAAUCAAACCGGCUCCGGUGGUUGCUUCAUUCUCCGGCAGAGGACCAAACGGGUUAAACCCGGAGAUUCUGAAACCCGACCUGAUUGCUCCUGGGGUUAACAUCCUCGCGGCUUGGACGGAGGCCGUGGGUCCGACAGGGUUGAACUCUGACCCUCGGAAAACAGAGUUCAACAUCCUGUCGGGUACUUCCAUGGCGUGUCCUCACGUGAGCGGAGCCGCGGCGCUGCUCAAAUCCGCUCACCCGGACUGGAGCCCUGCCGCGGUACGAUCCGCGAUGAUGACGACGGCGAGCCUCGUCGACAACACCAACCGCACUCUCGCCGACGAGUCCACUGGAAAAUCAUCGACUCCCUAUGAUUUCGGGUCAGGUCAUCUCAAUCUGGGUCGUGCAUUGGACCCGGGACUCGUAUACGACAUAACCAACGACGACUACAUCACAUUCCUUUGCUCCAUCGGCUACGGACCCAGGACAAUUCAAGUGAUCACAAGAACUCCGGUGAGAUGUCCGAAGAGGAAACCCUCGCCGGAAAACCUGAAUUACCCAUCGAUCACGGCGUUAUUCCCUGUUUCGAGAAAAGGGUGGUUGACAAAGACGCUUGUCCGAACGGUGACGAACGUGGGCCAGGCCGAGGCCGUGUACCGUGCGACGGUGGAGUCUCCGAGGGGCGUGACGGUGACAGUGAGGCCGUCGAGGCUUGCGUUCAGCCAGGCCGUCAAGAAACGGAGUUAUUUGGUAACGGUAACAGUGAACACACGGAACAUGGUGGUGGGGGAAUCGGGUGCGGUUUUCGGAUCAGUGACUUGGUCCGAUGGUGGGAAACACGCGGUUCGAAGCCCUGUCGUGGUCACCCAAAUCGACCCUUUGCGAUGAAAUUUGGCUCGAUCACGUCGUUUUGAUCGAUGAUGCCGCGGUGUUUGUGCGUGCGUAUAUCAACACUAAUGUAGCAAUAUUAGCCUUAGAUGUUGCUACUCUUAAGUUGUUUUAUUUAAUUUUAUCGUAAUGCUUUUGUUUUUUUUCCUCCUUUUUUUGGGUAAAAUCUUAUCUCCCCUGCCUUUUGAACGCAUAUAUAUUUAUAUGUAUGUAUGUAUGUAUACGCAUGUGAGAUAUGCUCAUUGGUGGGAGUAAAGAUGUGACAGCAGAAACCCUUAUUGUAUA